AUGGAGAAGCUACUGAGAAGGGUCCCGGACCCGGUCGUCUACGUCGCCGGCGCAGUCGCCGCGGUGUUCGCGGCGCUCAGGGUCAAGAAAAUUGCGAACGGGGGCUCGUUCGCGGACGAGCAGGCUGCGUACAGGCGGUGCAACCGGUGCGGGAAGAAGGGCGCGCCGGUGAGGUGCAACAAGUGCAGACGGGCGUACUACUGCAGCAAGCACUGCCUCAAGGACGCCAUCAAGCUCGAGAUAUGCGAGUGCUGCUGA